AUGUCGACGGCGUCAGGUGGAGGGCGAGGAGCGUGGGAGCCCGGCGUGGUGGGCGAGAUGCCCUGCUCCUUCGCUCUGAAUAUCUUCCCCGAAGGCUUCUCCAUCGACGUUCCCACGCAGGACGGCCGCCCUCCGCCGCGCCUACCGGAAGCGCUGGUGGCGAAGCUGUACCCGUACGACCGCUCCACCGAGUCGUUCCUGCAGGCGAUUGACACCGGGCAUCUGCCCGGGGACCUGCUGCACGACAUCCCCUGCAUCUACCGCAACGGAUGUGUUGCCUGCGAGGUGCGCGACUACCGCGAGCUGGCGGAGGGGCGGGGCGGCAGCAUAGCGCGGAUCCCCCCGGGGUCCUCGCCAGCAGCAGCAAUGGAGGCAGCGGGGCGGCGGGCGGGCGAGGGCCCGGUGAGGACGUGGCAUGUGGUGCUGCGACCCACGUCUGAGAGCAUUGCGAAGGACGUGGCCGCCAUGGCUGACGCCUCCUGGUCGUAUCAGGACAUGCUGGUGGGUUGGGAGUGGUGGAAAGGCGUGCUGGAGGUGGAGGCACGCAUGUUAAGGGCAGUGCAGUCGCCGCCGCUGUGUCUGGAUCCCAGCCCACGCGUGUCCGAGGAGGUGGAAGCACGCAUCCUGAGAGCAGUGCAGCCGCCGCUGUGUCUGGACCCCAGUCCGCGCGUGGCCGAGGUGGCGCGUCAGCAGCAUUUCCACAAGGCGAAGCUGAACGCCGUGCCGCCCGCGUCGCGGCACCGCGGGCUGCUCAAGUACCGGCGCCUCGCCCUCCCCCCCGCGUGGGACCCCCUGUCGCCCCUCCGCCGCGCCGUGGCUGGGGAUGCUGUCGCGCCUGAUGAUGGCGAGGCGGAGGAGGAGGAAGAAGAGCGAGGGGGUGGGAAGGGGUCUGCAAAACGAAGGCGGACUGAUGUUAUCUGCAUUGCUCCCCUCUCUGACAUCCUUCCUCCGCCCCUCUCUCGCCCUCCUCCUUUUCUUCUUGCAGAAGCAAUGGGAGGAAGUAAGGUGAAGAAGGGAAAGAAGAAAGCAAGGAAGGGGCAGGGUGAGCAUAAGGCUCCCCUGCAGCAACAAACGCUGAAGAAGAAAAAGACCAAGGCAAAGAAGCAGAUGGGGGUGAAGGGGGGAACGCUGCUGGUUGACGAAAAGGGGAUGUCCACAAAAACGCAGGAGAAGGCAACAAGCAAGAAGAAGGCAAAUCUAAAAAAGAAAAAGCAGCAGCAGCAGCAGCAGCAGCAGCAGCAGCAGCAACUGCAACAACAGCAGCAGCAGCAACUGCAACAACAGCAGCAGCAGCAACAGCAGCAGCAGCAACUGCAACAGCAGCAGCAGCAGCAACAGCAGUUGCAGCAGCAGCAAAUGCAACAACAGCAACAGCAAUUGCAACAACAGCAGCAAGAGCAAGAGCAAGAGCAAGAGCAAGAGCAAGAGCAAGAGCAAGAGCAAUUGCAGCAGCAGCAGCAGCAGCAGAUGGUGCCUGAGAUAUCGAUUGACAGUCUGCUGGGGUAUGGUAUUUCCGGAGCAAAGCAGGGCGAUGGCACCCUUCUCUCCCCCACCCUCCCUCCAGCCCUUGCUACAGCCAUGUCAGCCGCCGCCGCUGCUGCUGCCGGCACGUCCAGAGCUCUGCCUGGCUCGCUCCCAUCCGCUGUGGCAGGCCCUGCUGACGCCUUUGGCCCCUUAUCAGACGCAGCAGCAACUUCAGAGGUCGCCGCUGCUCGUGCUCCUGAGCUUGCAGCUGGUGCUGGUGGCGCUGCUGCCGCUGCUUCUGCUGCUGCUGCCAGUGCUGUAGCCGCUGCCGCCGCCGCUGCUGUUGGUGGGGGUGGUGGGAAGGUGGAGAUGGGUGCAGAUGAGUUCCUGCUCAUGAGUGCCGGCCUGCUGGGUGGGGCAUUUGGGGGAGCGGCUGCACCAGCAGGGACGGCUGUAGCAGGGGCGGGUGCAGCAGCAGGUGGCACAGCAGGGGUGGGUAUGGCAGCAGAGGGGGGGCUGGGGGGUGAACUGGAGCAGGGGCAGGGUGGCGCUGGGGGCCAGGACGGGGGCUUGGAUGAUGCAUUGGAUGGGGGGCUGGAUGGGGGGCUGGACGGGGGGUUGGAUGGGGGAUUGGAUGGGGGAUUGGAGGAGAGUCUUGAUGGAGGGUUGGAUGCUGGGUGGGAGGAUAAGAACGAGUCGCUGGAUGAGUUUGGUGGGGCGGAUACGGGGUUGUCCCAUGCCAUGCCUGUGCCCCCGUCUGACUUCGCCUCCCAAGUGCCGCCUGCUGCUCCUCCCCACGUGCCUGGCAUGGCAGAGCAGCAGCAGCAACAGCUCCAGCAGCAGCAGCUGCUGCAACAGAAACAGCAGCAGUCGUUGCAGCAGCAGCAGCAGCAGCAGCAGCAGCAGCAGCAGCAGCAGCAGCAGCAGCAGCAGCAGCAGCAGCAGCAGCAGCAGCAGCAGCAGCAGCAGCAGCAGCAGCAGCAGCAGGCAGGUGGUUCAGGCCCGCCGUCUGUUCCUGCAGGGUCAGCUGUGGGUGUGGCGCAGGCAGGGGCGAGGGCAGGGGUAAAGCCGGAGAUGAUGGCAGGCCCACCAGUGCCCCAACUGGCCAAGCCUGGUAUUGCUCAGCAGUCACACCUGCCGCCGCCCACACAUGGCCAGCAGCCACACCCCGCGCAACCAGGUGCUCCUGAGGCCGCCACUCCUGCUCUUGCUGCUGCUCGCCCGCCCAUGCCUCCUGAAGCACCAUCGCCUGCUGCUGCUGCAGGUAUGGCCGCACCUGCGGUUGUAAUGGCGCCACCCGAAGCCAAACCUCAGGUCCGACCCAGCCUGCCUAUUCAGCAGCAGCAGGCAGCAGCAGGCAUGGUGGCUACUUCUCAGGUGGUGGAUGGGGAGCAGGUGCGCAAGGCAGUGGUUGCAGCCCCACCAUCCGGCCCCCCGGGUGGCAUUGUGGUGGAGGGUGCACCUGAGGACAGGGACAAACCAAAGCCUCUUGCUGCUGUUGCAGGGGCUACAGCUGGUAGCACUGCAGUUGCCGCUGCUGCUGGCUCAUCGGGGCAGCAGCAGCAGCAGCAGCAGCAGAAGGCAGUUGUCGCUGCUCCAGCAGACACGAAGAGAGCGUUGGGAGCGCUGCUAUCGAUCAUCAAGAGCCAAGGCCUGUAUCCGCCAGCGCCAUCGUCCCCAGAAGCCCUCCCUCCGCCCAAGCGCAGCAACCCGGACCCGGCGUUGGUGCGGCAGGCGCUGGCGGGGGGGGGAGAGGAGGCAGCGGAGCCCAAGGGCAAGCGCUGCCUGCGCUUCUCGCUGCUCACCGCGGGCGUCAACGUCAACGCGCCCAAGAUGCGCGGCCUCACAUUCGUGCGCCUCGACUCCAACCCACAAGGCGUGCGGCGCAUGCAGCAGCGGCUGGUGAUGAGGGGGCGGCAGAAGGACGAGUGUGUGGAGGCAAUCAUACAGGAGGGCGCCGAUGGCGACGCUGACGCUGCGGGCGCGGCAGGAGGGGCGGGCGGAUCGAGCAUCUCGCUGCGCCGCGACCAGCAGCUGCCUCUCAUGCCCAACACCGUGAGCUGCCCACCCUUGCUGCUCUCGCUUUCCCACGCACUCACAAGAGUAUGCGGAUCGAUUCGCGCGAACCUAUGUCCGAGUGGUACGUGUGUGCGCUGCACCAUGCUGCCCUCCACCAUGCUGCCCAUGCUGCCCAUGCUGCCCAUGCUACCCAUGCUGCCCAUGCUGCCCUCCACCAUGCUACCCUCCACCAUGCUGCCCUCCACCAUGCUGCCCUCCACCAUGCUACCCUCCACCAUGCUGCCCUCCACCAUGCUACCCUCCACCAUGCUGCCCUCCACCAUGCUACCCUCCACCAUGCUGCCCUCCACCAUGCUACCCUCCACCAUGCUGCCCUCCACCAUGCUGCCCUCCACCAUGCUACCCUCCACCAUGCUGCCCUCCACCAUGCUGCCCUCCACCAUGCUGCCCUCCACCAUGCUGCCCUCCACCAUGCUGCCCUCCACCAUGCUGCCCUCCACCAUGCUGCCCUCCACCAUGCUGCCCUCCACCAUGCUACCCUCCACCAUGCUGCCCUCCACCAUGCUACCCUCCACCAUGCUGCCCUCCACCAUGCUACCCUCCACCAUGCUGCCCUCCACCAUGCUACCCUCCACCAUGCUGCCCUCCACCAUGCUGCCCUCCACCAUGCUGCCCUCCACCAUGCUGCCCUCCACCAUGCUGCCCUCCACCAUGCUGCCCUCCACCAUGCUGCCCUCCACCAUGCUGCCCUCCACCAUGCUACCCUCCACCAUGCUACCCUCCACCAUGCUGCCCUCCACCAUGCUACCCUCCACCAUGCUACCCUCCACCAUGCUGCCCUCCACCAUGCUGCCCUCCACCAUGCUACCCUCCACCAUGCUACCCUCCACCAUGCUGCCCUCCACCAUGCUACCCUCCACCAUGCUGCCCUCCACCAUUCUGCCCUCCACCAUGCUGCCCUCCACCUCUUCUCUCACUCCCCUCUACCUACUGCUCAUUCUGACCCUCGCCCUUCCCCUCCCCUUCCCCUUCGCCCCGCUGCAGGUGCAGCGCGAGGGGUGGCACAUGAUGGAGGAUCAGGUCAUCCCUUUGCCCAAGCACAUGCACCCCGCCACGCAGAUCAGCACCAACUCCGCCGCCGCCCGCGACCGCGCCGCUGCUGCCGCCGCCGCUGCCGCUUCUGCCGGCGCUGCUGCGGGUGGGAAUAGUGGUGGUGGGACGGCUGGAGGUGGGAUGGGAGGUGCAGCAGGAGCAGGGGGAGGGGGGGGUAUGGCAGGCGGGCGGGGGGUGGGUGUGGUGGGCCAAGGAGGGGCAGGGGGAGCGGGAGCAGCAGGGGCACGGCAGGGUGGGGCUGCUGGGGGCCCUGGGGGCGGUGGAGGGUUGGCGCCCAUGCCCCCUCCACCCGCCCCUGCUGCUGCUCCCGGAGGUGCGGCUGUGGGGGGCCCGCCUCACCACAUGGCUUCCCGUGCUGCCCCUGCUGCUGCGGCUGGCAGUGGCGGGGUGAUGGCAGGGAUGGGUGGAAUGGGUGGGAUGGGGCGGGGUGUGCCACCAGCAGGCAUGGGAAGGGGACCAAACGGGGCAGCAGCAGCCGCUGCUGGGAACGCCAUGGGUCCCCCACAUGCCACCCCUCCUCCCCAUGCAGGCUAUGCCGCUUCCCAUGCCAUGCCGUCUCACGCUGCCUCCCCACAUACGCCCUCCCCUCAUGGCCUUCCCGGCAGCAGGGUCACACCCCCCCAUACUGUCACACCCCAUACUAUGAGCCCCUCUGUGGGAUCCCCUUCUGUGGCAGGCAUAGCCCAUCCUAGGUCCCAACCUCCUGCACCCACGGGCUCUGCUUCCCAGCCUGUAGGCGCUGCAGGCCAGGCAUAUCCCCCGCGCCCACCUCAGCUUCCCCGAGCCUCGCCGACAGGCACGGUAGGAAUGGGGCACAUGGCAGGAAGGAUGGGUGCAGGUGGUAUGGGGAUGGGGCCUAGGGGAGCAAUGAGUGGGCAAGGGGCCAUGGGGGCUGGAGUGGGGGCUGCAGGUAUGGGCACAGGUAUGGGCACAGGUAUGGGCGCGGUGAUGGGAGGAGUGGGUGGGGCUGUGGAUGCAGGGGCAGGGCAGAGCAGAGGGCUCUACGGACAGUCGAUGCCACCCCAGCAGCACUCCCAUGUGCCACUGCAGCAGCAGCAGCAGCAGCAGCAGCAGCAGCAGCAGCAGCAGCAGCAGCAGCAACAGCAGCAAGGGCAGGGGGGGCCUGCUAUGAGAACAGCACAGAUGCCUUACACGCAGCCACAGCAGCAGCAGCAACAGCAGCAGCAGCAAUUGCAACAGCAGCAACAGCAACAACAGCAACAGCAAGGGCAGCAGCAGCAGCAGCAGCAGCCCCAGCGGCAGCAGCUUCCCUCUGCACCACCAGCUGCCACCCCCGGCAGCACUGCCUCUCCAUCUGCUCCCCCUGCACUUGCUGCCACCGCAAGCCCUGCAGGCAUGACCCCUGGUAGUGCUGCUGCCGUCGCCCCUGCGGUUGGCAGUGUGCAGCAGGGGGCGCAGCAGCAGGGGGGAGUGCAGCAGCCAAACCAGGUGCAGCAACAGCAGCAGCAGCAGCAGCAAACGCUGCCACCACAGCAGCAGCAGGCGCAACAGCAGAUGCAGCAGCAGCAGAAGCAGCAGCAACAACAACAGGUGGAACAGAGGCCUCAGGUCAAUCCUGGAGAGGACCCGCCUUUUGACCCAAAUCAUUAUAAGACCCCCCCUCAGGCUAUAAUGAGUGGUGUUAGUUCAUGA